AUGGACACAGAGAUGAUGCCGAAAUUCUCCUCGAAAGACGAGGAAAUCGAUUACUGGAAGUGCUUGUCUCUGAAAUACAAGAAGAGUUGUCAUGACGCUCAGGAGGAGCUGCAGGAGUUCCAGGAGGGCAGUCGAGAGCUGGAGGCCGAGCUGGAGGCUCAGCUGGGUCAGGCUGAACACCGCAUCCGAGAUCUGCAGUCAGAGAACCAGAGGCUGAAGAGCGAGGUGGACACACUCAAGGAGAAACUGGAGCAGCAGUACGUGCAGAGCUAUAAGCAGAUCUCCAUGCUGGAGGACGACCUGGUCCAAACGCGCGGCAUCAAGGAGCAGCUGCACAAAUAUGUCAGGGAGCUGGAGCAGGCCAACGACGACCUGGAGAGAGCUAAGAGGGCCACCAUCACAUCUCUGGAGGACUUUGAACAGAGGCUAAACCAGGCGAUAGAGCGGAACGCCUUCCUGGAGAGCGAACUGGACGAGAAGGAGUCUCUGCUGGUCUCAGUGCAGAGGCUGAAAGAUGAAGCUAGAGAUUUGAGGCAAGAGUUGGCAGUUCGAGAGAGGACUUCAGAUGUUGCCAGGAUGUCGGCCCCCAGCUCUCCCACCCUAGACAUUGAUAAGACGGACUCAGCAGUGCAGGCCUCCCUGUCCCUCCCAGCCACACCUGUGGGGAAAAACAUGGAGCAUCCUUUCAUUGCUUCCAAAGCAUUGACCAAUGGCUGUGGAAACUCCCCCCUCACACCGUCUGCACGGAUCUCAGCCCUUAACAUUGUUGGUGAUCUACUGCGGAAAGUUGGGGCUCUUGAGUCUAAACUAGCUGCUUGUAGGAACUUUGCCAAGGACCAGGCAGCAAGGAAAAAUUACGCAACAGGAAAUGGAAACCUCAUCAACAGCAACGCAACCAAGUUCUCUCAUUCGCUUCACACUACGUAUUUUGACAAGACGAAUAUGAAUGGCCUGGAUCCUCUGACAGCCAUGGCUUCCCCGCGGACCGUGUCUCCUCCCGGCAUGCUCCCUCUCAGCGUGUGAGAGACUUUCCCAGCGACCUCCACACAAGCUCGGACACAAUGUGGAAACAGAGAGGACACUUGAAAGAAUGUGUGUGUGUGUGUGUGUGAGAGAGAGACUGAGAUGGCGUGCCUCCAGCAUGUCUGACAGAUACAUGUCAGGCGUGAGGGUCCGUUCCUGUGACCUCUGUUCUCACGAGGUCUCACCUAAAGCCAGCAAAACGACAAAGGUCUGAGUCAGACCACAGCUUCUGUGUGAGUGUUUUAGUGUGUCGCACAAUUCAAAAGAUGUUAAAGGGAUUUUCUUUUGAGGUGAACAUCACUGUAUGUUUAAUGCAGAUGAAUGUGUGUGGGUUGUAUGCGUGUUUGUGGGAUCUGAGGUAAAUCUGAACGUCCCCUCAGCCUGGAUUUACAUGUUCACCGUUUUCAGCUUCAGUAAAGGGUCUUAAUGUGGAGGUCAGCAGAUGUUUUACUGGAAUGAAUGCCAAGAAAACAUGUUCAAUAGCAUGGAAACAUCGGCUACCUUUAAAAGCGCUCUAAUGAAUUAUUAACCCAGUUACAUCAGCUGACUGGCCACCAGUUUGCAUGAUGCAACCACUAUUUUAGGGCUUCAACAGGGUUGUAUGUAUGUUUCUGAAACUGCACUUCAAAAUCCACAGUUACCUAAUGUUUACUGUGUUUAGAUUCACGAGCUGCAGUGGUUAUGAUGGCAUCGCACUAUAUUGACGCAUAACAAAGAGAUACUGUUUCACUUGUCACGGCUUUGACUGUAAAUCAGUCUGUGUGCAGUGUGACCUUCGUCACAGAACCUCAUUUCUAUCCCAUGUGCCUCUGCUGGAUCUGCUGGUGAGUUUGAUAUUCACCGUUUAUUUAUUUCACUCGUGGAACGGAAGCCAACUUAUUUUUUUCACAGUAUUUAAGUUCAGUUCUUUUACGCCAAACUUUUAACAUCAAGUAUAGGAGCACUUGUUAGUAUUAAUUUCCCCCUUUGAGUCUUUGAUUUCACAGUUAUCGCGCACUUUGUUGGUUGGUUUUGUUCUAUCUCAUGUAUAUAGAUUUGUAAACAUGGCAGCGAUGCCCAGUCUGUAGAUACUAAAAUUGGGCUGAUGUGCUGUUUAAUUUAUUUCAGAAUCUUUAUGGCAUGUUUUGACACGGAGUGAAUUUUACAUACUGUGCAUUGGUUUCAAAUCAUAUAUCAAGAUGUAAGAUUGGUUGUCUAAUAUGUGCAAAUAAACGGAAAAUGCAA